GGAAAGAGGACUGUGGUGAGACUCGGAGUCACGGCCUCUCCCCGGGACUCUCCCUGUGCUCCUCCUGCCUCUGUCGGCCAGAACAAGCUAACGAGCCGCCGGCCACGGCUGGAGUGACUUCAGGCCACAAACCGGAAAUGCGCUUUAUUUAACACUUGAGCCAUCGCGACUCGAGGCAGAGCUGCUGUCGGUACGAGCGGGGCUUUGGAUCAGGUCGAAGUGACGCUGUGGGUGGGAACACACCGCGGGAUUAGCUAACUCUCUGGCAUCAUCUCCAGCCGCGUCUCCGUUGCUGUUUGUCGCCGUUUUCUUCGGUGUUUUCCUCGGCUAACCCGCGGAGGCCAUGGCAGACGGACGGACGGCUCUCGGUCUGCUCGUCCUGGUGCUCGUCCAGCGCUGCGGAUCCUUCAACCUGGACGUGGACAAACCCUCCGUGUUCUCCGGACCCGAGGGAAGCUACUUCGGCUUCUCGGUGGACUUCUUCAAGUCCUCAGACAACCAAAAGUCGGACGUCCUGAUCGGAGCUCCUCGGGCCAACGCGUCGUCCACGGGCAGCGUUGUGGAGAGGGGAGCCGUGUUCAGCUGCCCCUGGAAGAGCUCUUCGCCCUGUCAGCAGCUGCAGUUUGACAGCUCAGGUGACAGGACGAACAAAGACGGAGCUCAGAUGGAGUUUAAAUCCAAGCAGUGGUUUGGUGCUUCAGUACGAUCUGAUGGAGAACACAUCCUGGCCUGUGCUCCUCUGUAUCAGUGGUCGACCUUCGGCGUCUCUGAGCGCGAGCCGGUGGGAACGUGUUACCUGAAGAAGGGAGGCUCGGUGGUGGAGUACUCGCCCUGCAGAUCGGCUGCACACUCACCAGAGGGUCAGGGCUUCUGCCAGGCCGGCUUCAGCGUCGACUUCCUGAAGAAGAACAACAGAGUGGUGGUCGGAGGACCUGGCAGCUUCUACUGGCAGGGUCAGCUGAUUUCUGAUGACGUCUCUGAGAUUUUGACUCGGUUUAACAACGACUACAUCACCCCGUACAGCAACACGCUCGCCACCAAGUCGGCCAGCGCUCAGUAUGACGACAGUUACCUUGGUUACUCCGUGACGGUCGGAGACUUCAACGAUGACGGGAAGGAAGAUUAUGUGACUGGAGUUCCUCGUGGGGAGAAGGCACUGGGAUAUGUGAACAUCUUCAAUGGCCUCAACAUGGAGUCCAUGGUCAACUUCACAGGAACUCAGAUGGCUGCCUACUUUGGACAUUCAGUGGCCGCUACUGACGUGAACAAUGACGGUUUGGUAGAUCUGCUGGUCGGAGCUCCUCUCUUCAUGGACAGAGGGUCAGAUGGAAAACUGAGGGAGGUGGGACAGGUGUAUGUGUACCUCGGCCGUGGUGGAUUUUCCUUUCACACUCCACAGAGGCUCACAGGGUCUGAGGUUUAUGCCAGAUACGGUUCUGCCAUCACAGCACUGGGAGAUCUGGACAUGGACGGAUACAAUGAUGUGGCCAUCUCCGCUCCUUAUGGAGGCCCCAACCACAACGGUUUGGUCUACAUCCAUAAUGGCCGCCCUCGGGGGCCCGACACGUCCCCUUCACAGGUCCUGCAGGGCAAAUGGGCGUCCAGCUACAUGCCUGCUAGCUUUGGAUACUCAAUGAGUGGAAAUACUGACAUAGACCGGAAUGGAUAUCCAGAUUUAAUAGUGGGAGUGUUUGGAGCAGACAAAGCAGUUUUAUACAGAGCUCGUCCAGUGAUCGGUGUGAACGCCACGUUAGACAUGACGCCGCAGAUCAUCAACCCAGAGGAAAAGACCUGCACACUUCCUGGUACCAGCACACUCGUGUCCUGUUUUAAAGUGAAGUACUGUCUGAAGGCCAGCGGCCGCGGAGCUCCGGCUACUCUCAGUUUCCGUGUGGACAUCAUGUUGGACCGCCUGAAGCAGAAGGAGGCGACUAAACGCGUCCUCUUCCUGCACAGUCAGACCUUUCAGUACUCCAAGAACAUGAUGGUGUCCAACGGCCAAGGCCCCUCCUGCGAGGAGCAGCACGUCUUCCUGAGGGACGACCGUGAGUUUCGGGAUAAGAUCACUCCCAUCUCCGUGGUGAUGGAGUACAGUCUGGACUACCAGCAGGCUGCAGACCAAACCGGACUGCUGCCCAUCGUCGACAUGUCUGCCCCGUCCAACGUCACCAAGCAGGCUCACAUCCUGUUGGACUGUGGUGACGACAACAUCUGUAAACCGGACCUGAGGCUGUCAGUGAAGAGCGACCGUGAGCAGAUCUACAUCGGCGACGAUAACGCUCUGACUCUGGAGAUCAGCGCCGAGAAUCAGGGAGAGGGCGCCUACGAGGCCGAGCUCCACGUCUUCCCUCCACAGCAGGCCGACUUCACCGGCGUCGUCCGCAGUCAGGCCCUCAGCAGGUUGUCCUGCGCCUACAAGAAGGAGAACCAGACCAAGAUGGUGGUGUGUGACCUGGGAAACCCCAUGAAGGGGGGAACCAAGGUCCUGGCAGAGCUGCGGUUCAGCGUGCACCAGCUGUCAGAGGAGGACACCUCAGUGAAGUUUGACCUGCAGAUAGUCAGCUCCAACCAGUUUGACAACACGAGUCCUCGAGUCUCCAGCAUCACCAAGCUGGCUGUCCUCGCUAAAGUCUCCAUCAGAGGGACAUCAUCACCUGGCCAGGUGCUGCUUCCCAUUGCUAACUGGAAACCUAAAGAGCCACCUGUGGUCGGAGACGACAUCGGACCUCAGAUAGUUCACGUGUAUGAGCUGCUGAACAACGGGCCCAGCACGUUCAGCAAGGCGGCGCUGGAGGUCCAGUGGCCUUACCAGUUUAAGAACGGCUCGCUGCUCUACAUCACCAGCUAUGAGACCGAGGGACCCAUCAACUGCACCACCGACGUGGAGAUCAACCCACUCAACGUGUCGAACCCGUUGACCUUGGCAAAGAACACCAGCGGGGAUCCACCCAGAGGACGAGAGAUGGAGGGACGAAACCAAAACCACGUCCGCAAAAGAGACCUGGAGUCAAGAGACGCACAGGGUGACCUGCAGACCCUGGACUGCACCACUGCAGAGUGUCUGCGGCUCAAAUGCCAGGUUGGUCGUCUGGAGAGGAGGAAGAACGCCAUCCUCUUCAUCUACUCCCGCCUGGCUGUCAACAACUUUCUCAGGACUGAGAAUCAGAAUCGUUCAUAUGUGGUUCGAUCGACAGCCUCCUUCAGUGUCAUCGAGAUGCCGUACAAGAACGCGAAUCCAGAGCUACCGUCCAAUAGCACCACUGUGAGUGUGUCGGUGGUGUGGGUGGCGGAGCCUCCUCAGUCGGUCCCAGGCUGGGUGGUGGCUCUGGCCGUGCUGGCGGGCCUGCUGCUGCUGGCGCUGCUCAUCUUCAUCAUGUACAAGCUGGGUUUCUUUAAGCGGGUGCGCCCCCCGCAGGAGGACUGCACCGAGAAGGAGCAGCUGCAGCCGGAGGAGAACGGCAACACUGACGCCUAGAGGUCAAACUGUGAGGAGCGCCCCCCUCUGUUUGAACAGAAACAUUCAGGGUAAAAUGGCCGCUGAUAGAAUUUCACUGUGUUCACUGGUGAGUGGCAGCAAACCGUGCUUUUUGUUUUUUAUGUAGUCAUGGGGAGUUUUCCCUGAUAUUUAAUUUGCACAUUGUUUUGUCCGAACCCCAAACGACUGAUGAACUGUAAGGUGCUUGUUGCCCAGAAAGUCCAGAACUGCUGAUGAAUUGAAGUGAUGUUUCAACCUGCCCAGCAACACUGCGUCCUAUAAGAAUCCAUUCAGUGUUGUGUCCUCUGCGGGACCUCGGGGGACUUCAGUCUUAGAUCUGCUCCGACGUUAGCUGGGCAGGUGUCUCCAUUAGCUCCCACAAAGCGCUAGCUCAUUGAAAUACUCAUAACAGUUUCAUUAAACAAAAAAUAUACAAUGAAAAAGGAUAAAAUGAUUAGAGUGCGAUGCAAAUGAGUCGACGAACCACAGGAUUGUGGGUCUGAGACGUCCAGCGGUCUGCAGUAAUGCAGCGAUAUGAAAAGUGUCAGUCAGCAGUGAAACAGGAUGUGGCCGAUCAGCUGCGUUCAGGGCUGUGAGUGGUUUAAAGUGGUUUAUUUUGCUAUGAUGUGGGGUGUUGCAUCAUGUAUUUAACCUGUUAUAUUCUUUGUUUUUCCUCCUGCUUCGUGUGUGUGGGGUCGCUGGGUUGAACUUCUCAUGUAAAAGUCAUUUCUGCUCUGCUUUGGGGUGUUCUCACUGUUUUAUUUUUGUGUUUCCUACAAAGCAAUAAGUUCAAAUGAGUGUCCAGUUCAUUUCAACACAAUCCUGUUUGCCCUUUUGUUCAGAAAUGAUGUUUGUUUGGAAAAUUAGUGCGAGUGCGGAUUUCACGGUCAACCUUGUAAACCUGAAGGCGAUUAUCUGCUGAGCUACAGCUCAUGAAAUCUGGAAAUGAAAAUGUGCUUUUGUCUGUCACAAAUUUAAGGAUCCGCUUUUGGUAAAUUAUUUUAAAGUGCGGGAGUGCCAUACAAGAACAGAAAGAUCGACGGGCACAGGGGGGGCGGGGCUUAACGGACGGCCCGUCAGGUGCAGUUAACACUUUCCCGCCCUGUGCUGAGGCUCCUCCACUUGGUACGAUUAUUUUGAAGUAGGAUUAUUUUUCCUGACUGGCAGUUUGGCUGAGAAUGAAAAGGCGACGCAGCCUGAAGUCAGGUGGCCGGUUUGUGUGUGAAUGAGUGCGUCAUGUGAGUCGAUAAAACCCGCGUCGCUGCAGCGUGAAUUUACCCAUAUUGGGUUUACAUCAUGAAUUAAUGUUUGAAGCUUGAUGAUAAUUUUAGAAACGUAUUAAUCCAGUUAACAAUCACAGUGAAAUAACUCUGCAGGAACACUUUGCUUAGCUCAUGAUAGUUUUUCUUCUUUCACUGGCAUCCACGGCCAUCGUUUGUCACUGCUGCCACCUAGUGGUCGGGAAGCUCUCGGUCUCUUCAGCAGCAGAGCUGAGGGCUGCACUGAGGUGGUUUCAGGGUGAGCCGUGACGCAGCUCGCCGGCCGUGACAGCGUGGCUUAUGGCACUGUUAAAACUUUUUAUGAAUAAGUGUUGUCGGUGUUUAAACUGGACUAAUAUAAAGGUUCGAACUCUGAACAGGAUCCAGCAGGACUGACGUCAGUUCACUUUCAGCUCAGUUCAGGAUGUUCAGAAAAGCUGCAUGUGAUUAAACUGUUUUGUGGUCACGUGUCUCCUUCUCAGGACAGAAGAAGGCUGAAGGUUAACGGGAAUACGGUUCAAUUCUUUAAACAGAAAGUGUGGAAAAGUCAAAAUAAAGUCAGAGCUUCCUGAGUCGAAUGAAGUCAGUGAUGUGAAGUCAGUCCUGCUGCUGUCUGUUGUCUUCGAAGGGGUUUCACAUUCGAUGCCGCCGUCUCUUUCUUUCUGCCAUGAGAAAAUAUGGACUGUUUUUGAUGUAUGUAUUCUUUCACCCAGAGAAUAAAAUGAACCGUUUGAUAAGGAGAUGAUUUGACCUCUGAGCUGAAAUAAACUCACCUGUUCACACUGUA